UUGUCUCCGGCUGACAUGACAGGUGCCGUCUAUGGGCCAUGACACGCCAGGCAGCAGGAAGUGACAGUGCACUCUCUUUCAGGUGACUCACCCGGCCGUGUGACCGAGCAGCCAGGGAGGCGGCACCCGGAAGCAGCGGACGAUACUGGGAGAGAGGACGCUCCCGCCGCUCACAUUAGCGUCGCCCCCGGUGAUCCAGCAGGACGCGGUGCAGUCAUGGCCGCCUUCAUCUCGGUUCCCCUGAAGAAGACCUCGGAGGUUGACCUGGUGAAGCCGCUCUCCAAGUUCAUCCAGAACACGUACCCGUCCGGGGACGAGCAGGCGGAGUACUGCCGAGCGGUGGACGAGCUGAACAAGCUGCGGCGGAGCGCGGUGGGUAGGCCGCUCGACAAGCACGAGAGCUCGCUGGAGACCGUGCUCCGCUACUACGACCAGCUCUGCUCCAUAGAGCCCAAGUUCCCGUUCUCCGAGGGCCAGCUGUGCCUUACCUUCACCUGGAAGGAUGCCUUCGAUAAGGGCUCCCUGUUCGGCGGCUCGGUGAAGCUCAGCCUGCCCAGCCUGGGCUACGAGAAGACCUGCGUGCUCUUCAACAUCGGGGCCCUGGCCAGCCAGAUCGCCUCCGAGCAGAACCUGGACAACGACGAGGCCCUGAAGGCCGCCUCCCGCUACUACCAGCUGGCCAGCGGGGCCUUCUCCCACAUCAAAGACACCGUGCUCUCCUCCCUCAACCGGGACCCCACUGUGGACAUCUCCCCCGACACGGUGGGCACCCUCAGCCUCAUCAUGCUGGCCCAGGCCCAGGAGGUCUUCUUUCUCAAAGCCACCAGAGACAAGAUGAAGGAUGCCAUUAUAGCCAAGCUGGCCAACCAAGCCGCUGACUUCUAUGGAGAUGCCCUCAAGCAGUGCCAGUAUAAAGAUGCCCUGCCCAAGGAAGUGUUCCCAGUGCUGGCUGCCAAGCACUGCAUCAUGCAGGCCCAUGCUGAGUACCACCAGUCAGUGCUGGCCAAGCAGCAGAAGAAGUUUGGAGAGGAGAUUAGCAGGUUACAGCAUGCCUCCGAACUGGUAAAAACCGUCACGUCCAGGUACGACGAGUAUGUUAGCGUCAAGGAUCUAUCUGACAAAGUCAACCGGGCACUAACCGCCGCCAAGAAAGACAACGACUUCAUUUACCAUGACAGAGUCCCGGACCUGAAAGACCUUGAUCCUAUCGGAAAAGCUCCUCUUGUGAAGCCCUCCCCCAUCUCGGUGCCCCUGAGCCAGAAGUAUACUGACCUGUUUGAGAAAAUGGUGCCCCUGGCCGUGCAGCAGUCAAUGAGUGUCUAUAACCAGAGGAAGGCUGAACUGAUCAAUGGCACCAUUGCCAGGAUGCGAGAUGCCACCACCUUAUGUAAUGGUGUCCUUGCUUCUCUAAAUCUUCCUGCUGCCAUAGAAGAUGUUUCCGGAGACAGCAUACCUCAGUCUAUUUUGCAAAAAUCUAAAGCUGUCAUUGAGCAAGGUGGUAUCCAGACAAUUGACCAACUAAUCAGAGACCUUCCAGAACUCCUCCUGCGAAACAAAGAAAUUCUGGAGGCAUCGCUCAAGUUUCUGGAUGAGGAAGAGGCAACAGACAAUGAGCUGAAGUCAAAGUUCAAAGAAAGAUGGCAAAGAACCCCUUCUAUUGAACUGUACAAACCCCUGAGGAGUGAGGGCGCCAACCUGCGCAAUAUUCUGGAUAAAGCGGUUUCAGCAGAUGCUGUUGUGAAAGAGCGAUAUCAGUCUCAGCGUGAAGCCAUUGCAAUCUUAUGUAAGGGAGAAGCUGAUCUCAAUGCAUCCAUUCCUUCUGCCAACCCUGCCAAGACCAUGCAGGGCAGCGAUGUUGUUGUCACUUUGAAGUCCCUGUUGGCCCUGCUGGAUGAGGUAAAGAAAGAGAGAGAGCAACUUGAGAACGACAUAAAAUCUGUUAAUUUUGACAUGACAACCAAAUUUCUCACUGCUCUGGCAAAAGAUGGAGCCAUCAAUGAAGAAGCUUUGUCUGUGACUGAGCUUGAUCGCAUCUAUGGAGGCUACACUGACAGAGUGCAGAAGAACCUGAACAAGCAGGAAGAGCUCAUUGGGCAAAUCCAAGUUUCUCACCAAGAGUUUUCAAAAAUGAAACAAUCAAACAGUGAAGCCAACCUAAGAGAAGAAGUCUUGAAAAAACUAGCUGCUGGCCACGACAGCUACAUUGAACUUGUAGCUAACCUGAGAGAAGGAACAAAGUUCUACAAUGACCUUACCGAAAUCCUGCUUAAAUUCCAAGGUAAAUGCAGCGAUAUAGUCUUUGCCCGGAAGACAGAAAGAGAUGAAUUGCUGAAGGAUUUGCAGCAGAGUAUUGCCAGAGAGCCCAGCGCACCAUCAAUGCCUACUGUACCAAGUUACCAGAAUGCUGCUUCAUCUUCCCCAGCUCCUGCUGCAGGGGGCACUUCAAGCAUUCCAACACCAGCUCCAAGGACUGUCUAUAACAACAAGCAGCCCCCACCACGUCCCCCUCCUCCAGCAGUCCCCCUCGCAAGUGCCCCAACCCCUGUUAGUGCAGCUCAAAAUGUAAACCCUGCCCUAGCAGGUGGUGCUGCUUCAGCACCCACACAGCCUGGCACUUUUCCAUCACAGGCACAGGGUCCUCCAUUCCCAACCUACCCAGGAUACACAGGUUAUUAUGGAAUGCCCAUGCCUGUUGGCUAUAAUCCAUAUAUGUAUGGCCAAACCAUGCCUCCCUACCUAUACCAGCCACAAGCUGGUCAGGCACCUUACCCAACGCAGCCAUCUGGUUUUCCAUUGCCACAGCCACCUUAUUUCCCACCUCAGCAAUAGGUGUGUAGAAAACUGAAGAAGUAACUUUCAGUGGCAGUAAGUGCACUGUAUAAUAUGUCCCAGUCCCUAAUUCCCGCCUUGAGUUGUAGGAACUGUUUGAGCUAAACUUCUGGUUACACUAAGCCAUUUCUGCCUGCCUGUUUUCAGCUGAGACGUGAUCAGAUUGAAGUGACUCCUAGUUUUGCCUGAUGACAAAAAAAAGACCUUGAGCUCCAAUACAGAGAUUUUUUUUGGUAAUGUGCAGAUAUCUCUGGUAACACUAUGCUCUUUCAUAUAUAAGAUUUUGGUUGUUAGUUCUCUAUUUUUCUUUCUCUAUUUUUACUCCUAUUUCUUUACAUUUAGUUAUUGUAUGCUAUUUUGUCUAUUAAUCAAAAGCCUUGUAAAUCAUCAUAAUGAAAAUAAAUGUAUAAAAGCACAUUAUUGGUUCAGAACAUUGGUUUAAG